UUUGGAGGCGAGAUUGCCACACGGAAGAAAGAACAUGUUGUGAAAUCUUUUUCAUCAACAUAUUUUCAGUUCUUAUGACACCAUGCCGGGAUCAAGUAGCAAGAAACAAUCCCAGAGAACUAAGGGUAACCUUAGGCCAUCCAGUAGCAGUCAGGCUGCAGAAUUGUUGAGUGCUUCAGGGAAUGCACCAACAGGGUUUGUUGGCUUCGGCCAGGCUCCCAAGUAUGUGCCAGUCAGCAGCAGCCUUGAUGAUAUGGAUUCCAGUCUGGACUCAGACUUCAGACUCGUCCUUCGGAAACUUACCAAGAAAGAUACUACCACUAAAAUAAGAGCUUUGCAAGAGCUGAGCAGUUUAUGCAAAGAGAAAUCAGAGGAAAAUCUAAAAGCUGUGUUACCAUUCUGGCCACGAAUGUUCAACAAAAUGGCCAUUGAUAUCGACCAUAGAGUGAGGGAAGCAAACCAGCUGGCCAUGUCCACUUUAGCAGUAAGAGUGCGACGUAACCUCGCCCCAUACCUUCGUAACCUUAUGGGGGCAUGGCUUAUGAGCCAGUGUGACACAUACCCAACAGUUUCUAGCGCAGCUGUUACAUCUUUCCAAGAUGCAUUUCCUCCAGCGAAACAGACUGAAGCAUAUGUAUAUUGCAAGGAUAGUGUAUUGGAGUAUUUGACGGAGAACCUGGUCAUUCACACACCUCAGACCCUCAGCGAUCAAAAAACUACUGAGGCAGAGGACAUGGAAAACAAGUACAACCGAGUGUUAACCUCUUCCCUAUUGGCUAUGAGGAAGCUGCUGACCAAUAUUCCAGCCAAUGAAAUUGAGUCUUGCAAACAACCCAUGGCAACCCUCCUUGACAACGGAAAAUUCUGGAAACAUGGCAAAAGCAAAGUCAGCUCAGUUCGUGGAGGCCUGUACUCCCUGCUAGCUGGACUGUGCCAGGUUGUACCAGAGUUAUGUGCUCUGUAUGUCAGCAAGAUUACCUCCCUUGUUCUCCACAACCUGGAUGAGACGGAUCCCACUGUGUACCCCAAUCUAUGGGAGGCUGCCCUCUCAUUGGCCAACUAUGUUCAGGAUUGUUGGCAGCAUGUGAGUGUCCAAAAGGCAUUUUGGCCAAAACUGAGGCGUGUGCUGGAAUCUGGUUGCCUUGGUAACCCAACCGUUAUUGGCCCAAACAUUCUCCCUCUGCUAAGUAGGGUACCAGAUGACUUGUUCCCAGAUACUGCUAGAUUCUAUGAAGAUUUCUUUACUGCUUUUAGAUCGGGAUUGUGUAACACCAGUAUUCAGAAGAGCCAUAGUGAAUUUGGGGCCCUGGUACGAGCUUAUGUAGAAUGUGCCCAAUUUGUGGUUAUGAAAAACACUGAGGCAAGCUUUGCUAUGAGUGUCCUCAUGGAUCAGGUGCUGCCUGUAGUUGAAGCGUCUUUAUUGGAGAGUGAUUCACAGCUGUAUAAGACGCCACUGUACGGUAUGGUCGGAAACUUACUUGCCACUGCAGAGGCUAAUUCAAGUAGCAGCUUACAGCAGACGACACAAGAAUUCUGGUCUCACUUGAAGGAGAGUGUUGAUACAAAAUUAACUUCAAAAGAAGAGUCUUCAAAGGGAGAUAAAUUUGAAGAAAAAUUGGUGCAUUUUGUUAAAUGUCUGUAUAUUCCACAGACUGAAAUCAAACAGAAAGCGGGAAGGGUUAGAUUUGAGAGCCCUGGUGAUUUAAGUCAUACUCAAGCAAAAUCUAAGUCAGAUUCACAGUCAGUGAGACAAAAUGAUUUGGGCCAAAAUUGCAAGAAUUUUGUGAACCACUUGACUUUAAAAUCAUUUGAUUUAGCUCAUAAAAACUUCAGUACAAGUCACUUGCAAAUGUUUGCACAAAUAUUGGAACUUGACCCAGCAGAAGAGAUAGUUGCCAAGGUGAUUUCUAGUUGCCAUGGACAUGUUGCUACAGAGACAACAUCACAUUACUUUGUGUUUGAAAUCUGUAUCCCAUGGUUACAAAAGGUGCAGCAAGGGGGUGGGAAGUGGGAGGAGUUUAGUCACAUUGUGAAGGUUGUCUGCAUUUUCUUGUCAGUUCUUGAUGAGGAAUCAGUACCACAGCUGUUGGGAAAACUGUAUGAGAGUUGCCAAGACACUAGAUGCCAACACAUUUUACUAAAGGAAUUGUUUUGCCGGGCAGGGAGCGUCCAGUCUGUUUGUGACUGGUUACACAGUGGCCAGUUUGGGGAUAGACUGGUAGAGUAUUCCAAGUCUGUAUGUGAGAAACCAGUCAGUGAAUCGUGGCAGAAUGACACUGGAAAUAUUCUUGGGAUAUUGUCGCUUGUGUUGGCCACAAGGACAAAGAAUAAUGACCUACUCGUACAGAGCGUUUACAUUGAAAGGCUACUGUCAGUUUUGGAGCAGCCUAUCAGAAACCUCGCUACAGAAGUGGGCGUGGCCAACAAGGCGGAGUUAGCUGUUAGCUUUGUGGCACAAGCUGCUACAUGUUUCUUUUCACAGUAUCAGGAAUGUCUGACUACAUCUUCAGCUGCUGACUUGAUUGUGAUGCUGUUUGAAAUAACCCUGCUCAACCAGUGUAGGCUGAAAGAUUCCAGUCUGCAGGAGGCACGAGAGUCAUGGAGUGUGGGUGUUAGAAAGACAGUCAGAGGAACAGGCGGGCUGGUGAAUGAUACAGGGGUACUGGCUAGACUGGCGGCCAGUGUACAAGCCCAUAUACCUUCACUUAUGAGCAUACAAGGGGUGAACACAGCCUUUCAGACUGUGUCCCAGCUACUGAGGUCCGUAAGCGAGUCCCUGCCAGACACAAAGGACAACCCUGUGUAUGUUAGCUACUUCGGGGACAUGUUUGUUACGCCUGACACCAGUGUGCCCUCAGCUGUUUUGGAGUACUUGAUGGUGAGGGGAGAUUACCUCACAUUAUCCUUCUCAGAAGCUGUAGGCAAUGUCGCUAAGUCAUUGUUUACCUCCCUUUACAAUAUAAAAAUGUUAAAAGAGGGCAUCUCCUCAUUAGCCAAUGAAAAUCAAGGUGAAGAUGAUGGCAGCAAAUGCAACACGGAAAUUGAUUGGAUAAAAGAAAGAUUGAUGAUCCUAGUGGAUUGUGCUCAAGUUUCUGAGAUUACAAAGCUGUACCUGGAACAAAAUACUGUGGUAGAGGGUCUUCUUGGAGAGGCCGCUGCCUCCCUGUCUGGAGAUGUCUACAGCCUAUUGUGUGGUCUGCCUGCCCGAUCACAGACUGACAUCUGGACAUAUGCAUUCCACAGGUGUAGUGAAGACGAGAGGUAUGUGAUGUGCCUGAAGCCCCUGCUGUCCACUCUGUCCAGCAGUCAAGGUGGUCAACUGAACCUGGAGCUUGGUCCACUCUUAGACAGGUGUGAGUCCCUUAGCCCACAGUGUAUCUACAUGCUCCAGGCUACAUUACCGUACCUGACUACCAGUGACGUCAUAACCUUCACAGAAAUCAUGGUGGCCAGGCUUAUCAGUACUGGGACGGAAUCCUGCCUCAACAUAGAUGGAGGUACAGGGUUGGUAGGGGUGUUGUCAGGCCUGGUUGCCAUGGUAUCACAGACUGGUGACAGUGAGGCUACUGAACUGCUCAAAGGAAGUCUGGACCAGCUUCACAGCUGGAAGGAAGAAAACGAUGACAUGUUCCUGUAUAGCAGGAGUAUAGAAAGUGAUUCAUCUGCUAGAAUACUCUUCAAUGUGGAGGUAUGCCGCCUAAUGAGCCAGCUGGUGCGAGUUAUCUCCCCUGAACUGACUGACAAACACUGGGACUUCGUUAUGUGUAGUCUUGUCUCUUGGAUUCAGAGCAUUGAAGAAACACAGGUUUCCCUGGUCAAUUCUCCCACAAUGCAAUGCUUCACUUCCUCUGUCCUUGACCUUGCCUCUGAUGUCACUUCCUGUUUGAGUGAACAAAUUGGCAAGAUGCCAGGAAAGUUCCCAGAAAACCUGCAAAUGGAGUGGGCAGAGUUCUUCAGUGAAUCAGUCUUCAGUGUUUUGUUACCAACAUACUUAAAGUUUUGCAAACAAAGCAAAGGGACAUCACUGUCAGGGUCUGACAAAAUAGUCCUGCAGUCAGCCUGCAACGCAGCCGCUAUGAGCCCACAGAAACUGAUACUGGAACACAAGCUGCCUCCCUUGCUGGUAGCUGGGGAUUUGUCUCCCUUGCCAGAUACUCUUCAAACUCUCCUCAACCAGUUAUCUCCCUUGAUAAUCAAAAAAGAGAAAUGUGUGCAGUUGUCAGCAUUCUGUAUCCUGGACAGUGUGGUUGCCACAUUUCCGGAGUUUGACAAAGAAGACAAGAACAAGAGUAUAGACAUUGGGGCCACCGGAGGGGAACAGCAGGAGGAGGAGACCAACAGAUCUCCUCCGGCGAGGCUUAUGGAGAAGAUUGAUGAAAGUAGUUCCACUCUGGUUGCUCUCCUGUGUGAUGUGCCCAUUGAUUCCUGUCAGCCAAUCAGAGCACAGUCUGAGGAGUAUCACUACACCCUGGCCUAUAUGCUUACUUGGAAACUCAUACUGAAGUUCUUUAAAAGUGCACCAUCAGAGUUGAGACAGGAAUAUGCCGGCUACCUCCAGGAACGGGGCUAUGUAGACACCCUCAUGUACUCACUGUUCAGACUGAUGCCCAACAACCCACAGAGAAUGUUUCAGCUGCCCUAUUCAACACAUGUGAAAGAGCCAGGUAGCUGUGCAGGAGUGCAGCAUUUAGCCUGUGAUGUGUACAGCCAACUGUUGACUACCAUUCCUGCCAUGGCUCGAACAUGGUGGAAAAGUCAGGACAGAAAAUCCUCAGCCUAUGUUGACAUGUUCACGUCAAAACAUGUGAGCCCACUUCUCUGUACCAGAGAGAUUUCAUCAGUACAAACCACGGAUGUGCAACUUGUCAACAUGUCUAUCAAAGCCCGCCCUACCACAAGGGAGGUAAUUGCGGUGUACAGUUUUGAGGAAGUGAGUGUGGACAUGGUUAUCUCCCUUCCCCAGAACUACCCACUGGGGAACAUCUCGGUGACAAGUGAAAAGCGUGUGGGUGUAUCUGGACCACAGUGGGAAAAAUGGCUGCUUCAGCUCAACAUCUUCUUACAACAUCAGAAUGGUAACAUUAUUGACGGGCUUAAACUGUGGAAGAACAACAUCGACAAGCGGUUUGAGGGAGUGGACGAGUGUAUGAUAUGUUUCUACGUGCUGCACGGGACAAACUUCCAGCUGCCACGUAUCACGUGCCGCACGUGCAAGAAGAAAUUCCACUCAGCAUGCCUGUACAAGUGGUUCAACACCAGCCAUAACUGCACCUGCCCACUGUGCCGAAACGUCUUCUAGCGACACGGGAUAUCUUCUUAUCACACCGAACAUCUUCUAGGUACAUUGAACAUCUUGCUGUUCUCUAUCAACUCAGAAUGUCAUUAGCUACAUAGAACAUCUUUUAUCUACACUGAUGUUUUUAGCUACAUAAGGAUGUUAGCAGAAUACCACACAUCAAAGUUAAAUUGCCAUAAUCUAUAUGCUAUACAUGUGAAUGGAAUUUGCCAAAGACUGGAUCAUAUGUUUUAAGAUUUUAUGUUAAUCAUAAUGCUGUUAUUCAUUGAAUAAAACCAAAUUUGUCCAUUU